AUGGAAGAGACAAGCCUGAGAAAAAGGAGAGAGGAUGAGAAGUCGAUCCAGAGCAUCGAACACAAGACCACAAAUCUCCAAAAGGAGCUGGGCCUGUUCAGCGGCAUCUGCAUCAUCGUGGGCACCAUCAUUGGCUCCGGGAUCUUCAUUUCCCCCAAGUCUGUGCUCAGCAACAUGGAAGCCGUGGGACCCUGUCUCAUCAUAUGGGCGACUUGUGGGAUUCUUGCGACACUGGGCGCUCUGUGCUUUGCGGAGCUUGGCACGAUGAUCACCAAGUCGGGGGGCGAGUACCCUUACCUGAUGGAAGCCUUUGGCCCCGUUCCUGCCUAUCUCUUUUCCUGGACCAGCCUGUUCGUCAUAAAGCCCUCGUCCUUUGCCAUCAUCUGUCUCAGCUUCUCUGAGUACGUUUCUGCGCCCUUCUACUCAGGCUGCAACCCUCCUCAAGUUGUCAUUAAACUCCUGGCUGCCGCUGCCAUCUUGCUCAUCAUCACGGUGAACGCGCUGAGCGUGCGGCUGGGGAGCUACGUCCAGAACGUGUUCACAGCGGCCAAGAUGGUGAUCGUGGUCAUUAUCAUCAUCAGCGGACUUGUCCUCCUGGCCCAAGGAAAUACAAGGAAUUUUGAAAAUUCUUUUGAGGGCACAAAACUGUCUUUGGGGGCCAUCGGUCUGGCGUUUUAUAAUGGACUCUGGGCGUAUGAUGGAUGGAAUCAACUCAACUAUAUUACAGAAGAACUUAGAAACCCUUUCAGAAACCUGCCCCUGGCCAUCAUCAUCGGGAUCCCGCUGGUGACAGGGUGCUACAUCCUCAUGAACGUGUCCUACUUCACUGUGAUGACAGCCACCGAGCUCCUGCAGUCCCAGGCUGUGGCUGUGACGUUUGGCGACCGCGUCCUCUACCCCGCCUCGUGGGUCGUUCCACUCUUCGUGGCGUUUUCAACCAUCGGCGCCGCUAACGGGACGUGCUUUACGGCGGGCAGACUUGUUUACGUUGCAGGCCGGGAAGGCCACAUGCUUAAAGUGCUCUCUUACGUUAGCGUCAAGCGCCUCACUCCAGCCCCUGCCAUCAUCUUUUACGGUAUCAUAGCGAUCAUUUAUAUCAUCCCCGGUGACAUAAACUCAUUAGUCAAUUACUUCAGUUUUGCUGCCUGGCUGUUUUAUGGCUUGACGAUCUUUGGACUCAUCGUGAUGAGGUUUACGAGGAAAGAACUGAAAAGGCCUAUCAAGGUGCCCAUUUUCAUCCCCAUCUUGGUGACUCUGUUAUCCAUGUUUUUGGUUUUGGCCCCAAUCAUCAGCCAACCUGCAUGGGAGUAUCUCUACUGUGUGUUAUUUAUGUUGAGCGGCCUUAUAUUUUAUUUCCUUUUUGUCUACUGCAAGUUUGGAUGGGCUCAGAAAAUCUCAAAGCCUCUCACCAUGCACCUUCAGAUGCUGAUGGAAGUUGUCCCCCCAGAGGAAGCUCCAGAGUAAUAACAAAGCUCAGCCUCCUGUGGCCAAGUCUAAGCUGUGAAGAAUUUACUUUUGUAAGCAGUAUUUGUGGUUGUUUCUUCCUGAUGUUUUU